AUGGGGAGUUAGCAUAAAAACGUCAGCACAAGCAACUACACAAACAGUUAUUGCAGCUAUAUCUGAAAGAAUAGACCAGUUGCACACAGCACAAGAUAUGGAUCUCAACUUCUCACUUUGCUUUGCAGUUCUACUGGUUCUACUUGUCUCCAUAGCUUCUGCUCAAGAUAAUGACACUAAAGGUCCCCUACUCUACACAGUCCAACCAGUGAGCCAGUAUUCUUGCAACCCGCACAGUAAUGGAUCUAUACAACUAGUCUGUGCUCUCUACCAGCACGGAGGUCUGACCAAUCACACCAUCCGCUGGUUUAGAAGCUCUAACAACUGCAGUAAUAAUUAUUGUAAACGAAGCUAAUGCAAGGAAUGAAGAAUAUUUAGUAUCAAUAUUUUAUCUAAAUAAUUCAAUAGAAGCGGAUUAUUGGUGUCAGGCUGGAACUUUCGGAGAGGAUAAUUCGACCUAUGAACCCAGUGCAGUGUUUAAAGUGCUACCCCCUGAUGCGUAUAUUGGUUACCCUCCCUGCACAGGACUGUUCUUGUCUCAACAGGUAACCAUGUUUGCUGGCAAUGGAUCCAUUCUUCCACCUGUAGGUGAUGACACACCCACCACUGUGGGCCCCUCCCCCUCGCAGGUAAACAGGAUGUGUGAAUAUCUCAGGGGUGUUGAUAGCGGGUGUAGUCAUCUCCUCAUUCUUUGUUGCCCUUCUCUCCUUGCUCAUCUGUAUAUUCUGCUGCGUCCUGAGAUCAAAGAGAAAGCUAUCGACUGAAAUUGACAUUAUUCACAGUACAAACGAACCCUUGCAAUCGCUGACAACCAUCGAUAUCCAUGGCAACGAACCCACUACCCCCCCUCAGGAAAUGGAGAACUCGGCUGGUUACGUUGACGUUGGAGCUGAGGAGAUUCCCCCCCUAGACCAUCCCCUACGUACAUCACUAGCUAAUGGUAUGGACUCUGCUCAUCUUCAAGACAACGCUAUAGAGAUUUAUUAUCACGCCAUUGAUGCUGACGGAAUGGACACCAAUGACUACACAAAUCUCCGAAAACCACCUCCUAUUUCUCCCAAACCUAGAAGAGUCAAACCUCAAUCAGUGAAUUGUCAGCGAGAAUUUGCAGUAACAAGAAUUGGUGAUGGCAAGACAUCUAAACAAUGUAGAAAACCGCUACCACCACCGAAAAAUGAAGACAAAAAUAGAGCUACUCUCAAAGAUGAAUCGCUGCUUCAAUCUCACCAACCUUGUGAACAAGAGUAUCAGGAGCUCAGCUCAAGCACGAAGAAUCGUGUGGAUAUGUACACAUGUCCAGCAGAGGUGUGAUAAGGGAAAGAUUUCGACAACUUUGGAACCAAGUUUGCUCAGAAGAGAAUAUUUCAAUGGUGCUGGUGGAACUGUGAAUUGACCAGCAAACUGGGACAAUCCUAUUGGACAAUUGUGGCGGAUUGUCGGGUGUCACCAAGGCAACCCAAAGAGGAAAGUUAAUUGAUUACAAUGUGAGCGGCUCUUAAUGACAUCGAUACAAGAGGUAUAUUUAAACACUACCAAGCAGUAAUAUAUUGUACUAGGCCUCAUUUAUGCAGACGUAUUACCAGGAGUGCAUGAAUACUUCCUGCAUGAUGUCAUGUCUUCCUUAUAUACCUGAUACCAGGAGUGCAUGAAUACUUCCUGCAUGAUGUCAUGUCUUCCUUAUAUACCUGAUACCAAGAGUGCAUGAAUACUUCCUGCAUGAUGUCAUGUCUUCCUUAUAUACCUGAUACCAGGAGUGCAUGAAUACUUCCUGCAUGAUGUCAUGUCUUCCUUAUAUACCUGAUACUAUCAUAUGCAGGUAGCAUAGACACUAAUUUAUAGUAUCUAUGCAUGUAGUACGCUUCCAGACAGCAGUGAUUUUAUAAAUUUAUCAGUUUUAUGUGCACCUUGUUCCACCUUUUAAAAUUUAUCCUUAUUCGCAUUCUGUGUGUGUAUAUGGCAUUGCACCAAAACAAAAGCUAUAAUUAUAUGUAGCAUCGUUUUGAUAAGCAUGAUAUAAUAGUUACGCUUUGGCUGGGACUUGCAUGUACUUGUGGUCUCCCAGUAAUUAUACUGGAAUGCAUGGUUGCUUUAGAGCUGCAUAAAACUGUGACAGCACAGCAAAGUAACACAAUUAUUGUAGCUAUAGCUGAAAGAAUUGAUCAAUUGCACAAAAGAUAUGGAUCUCAACUUCUCACUUUGCUUUGCUGUUCUACUGGUUCUACUUGUCCCCAUAGCUUCUGCUCAAGGCAAUAACACAGCCACUAAGGGUCCCCUACUCUACACAGUCCAACCAGUGAGCCAGUAUUCUUGCAACCCGCACAGUAAUGGAUCUAUACAACUAGUCUGUGCUCUCUACCAGCAAGGGGGUCUAUCCAAUCAUACCAUCCGCUGGAUUAGAAGUUUCGGUAAUAUUGAAACAGAGAUGAUAAUAAACGAAACUAAUCCAAGCAACGAAGAUUAUUUGAUCUCAAUACUUCAACCAAUAGAAGCGGAAGGUCCGAGUGAUUAUUGGUGUCAGGCUGGAGUCUACGGAGAGGCUAAUUCGACCUAUAAACCCAGUGCAGUGUUUAGAGUGCUACCCCCUGAUGCGUACGCUGGUUACCCUCCCUGCACAGGACUGUUCUUGUCUCAGCAGGUAUCAAUGUUUGUUGGCAAUGGAUCCAUUCUUACACCUUUGGGCAUCAUCGGCACAUCUACCACUAUGGGCAGUACCGACACACCCACCACUGUGGGCCCCUCCCCCUCGAGUGAGCAGGAUUUCCGACUGGUCUUGAUAGUGGGUGCAGCCGUCACCUCAUUCUUUGUUGCCCUUCUCCUCCUGCUCAUCUGUAUAUUCUGCUGCGUCCUGAAAUCAAAGAGAAAGCUAUCAACUAAAAUUAACCUUACAAACAAAUCUUUGCAAUCGCUGACAGUCAUCGAUAUUCAUGGCAAUGAACCUACCACCUCCCCUCAGGAAAUGGAAAACUCGGAUGAUUACGUCGACGUUAGUGCUGAGGGAAUUUCCCCCUUAGACCACCCCCUACGUACAUCACUAGCUAAUAGUAUGGACUCUGCUCAUCUUCAAGACAACGCUACAGAGAUUUAUCACACCAUUGAUACUGACGGAUUGGAUGAAAGUGACUACACAGAUCUCCGAAAACUACCUCCUAUUUCUCCCAAACCUGGAGAAGUCACAUCUCAAUCAGUGAAUUGUCAGCAAGCAUUUGCAGUGAAAGGAAUUGGUGGUGGCGAAACAUCGGAAGAACGUAGAAAACCGCUACCACUACCAAAGAAUAAAGACAAAAAUGGAGCUCCUAAUGUCAAGGAUGAAUCGCUGCUUCAAUCUCAGCAACCUCAUGAACAAGAGUAUCAGGAGCUAAGUUCAAGCACUAAGGAUUAUAUGGAAGUACUGUACACAUGUCCAGCAGAGCUAUCUGCUAGCCCUAGCUCUGAGAGUGUGUAUGCUAACUGAAUUGUUUUAUCUUUACUGUUGACUGGUAUUGUAAGUUGAGUUUAGCAGUUUAUCAGCCGUAUCCAUUCAUUUCUUGGCAGAGUAUUGCUAUGGUUGUAUGGUUGUGCAUGCAAACAAAGGCCUUUGAAGUUAAUUGCCCUCAAUUAUGGGAAUCAACCCUCAAAUUAAUUGGCUUGCUUUAUAAGUCCUUAGUCUUAUUGCAUUAAAUUUAGCAGCUGAGAUAUAUAGUCUUAUAAGCUAUCAUUUUCAGUCUAAAUAUACCAAAUUAUUACCUUUAUAUUGCUCAAGUGUGGUCAGACAUCAAAGCGUUGCACUAUACUAUAGUACUGUUGCGUCCCUGGAGGUAAUCAAUAUCAUUCAGGGUAUGAUCAAUAUACGUACCUGGAUGAUAUUGAUUACCCAGAAUGCAGACCGAUUCAACCUAAAGCACCACCCACCACCUAUUAGCUUGCAUUGUUUUUAUAAGAAACUGGAAAACUGUGGCAAAUCCUAAUGCAGUAGGGUAGAAUCCUGCAAUUUUCAAUUGAUAGGUAAUGAUCCUUGAAAAUUAAUUAUUCCAUGCACAAUCAGCAAUAAGUCCGUCAUACUCUUGUGCUGUACAGCUAAUACAACUCUUGCCCUCGGCGUGAGUUGUAUUAGCUGACAUCCCUAUUGCAUGAGUUAUAAUAACCUAUACAGUUAAUCUAGCUAGAUACCGUAUAUAUAGCGGGUCAUUUUCGAGGGACAAAAUAUUCGUGGUUCAGCAAUAUUGAGACAUUUCUUGGUAAUAUUUUUUUGGUUGCUGCUUGCACUGCAGGUAAAGGUAGGCAAGGUUUCUUCAUUCGUGGGUAAACUAUUCGUGUUCAGACUUUCAACCACGAAAACCACGAAUAUUUUUCCCCACGAAAAUUACCCGAUAUAGCAGUAAUGAAGAUGUCUUAUCAGCUAGUGUAUAAUUAUGCUAAUAACCCUUCUGCAUGCACAAUAUAAUUAUAGUGAAAUAUGAGGAGCAAGGAAAUACAAUUACCAAUGGAACCAGGGUUUCUUUUAGGAUUUUGCCAAGCGAGUGAAAAUUUGGGCUCCAUGUUGUAUUAAUUAAUGAGGUUGAGAAUAGGAAAUUUAGCUCCAAGUAGGUGACAGAAUAUUUUAAGCGUGUGAAAAGUCAUUGGCCAGCUCACACUAAAGUAAACCUUGAAUGCAUAGCUAUAUACAAGUGCUAUACAACUAGACGGAGCUGAACUUCCUUCAGUUUCUUGUCAGCAGCUAUUUUAAGCCCUGGUUGAGCUGUUUGAACAGCCAAUAUUUGUGUUAUCAAACACCUUAUAAGUUUACCAUUUGAGCCCCAUGUUCCGCCCUAAAUUUCCUUGUUCGCAUGUACCUACCAAGUAUUCAUACCCCCCACCCCCUCGAUCUGUGUGUGUAUGGUAUUGCACCAAAACAAAGGUUAUGCAGUAUUAUAUAUGUUUUUGCUUGGCUGACACUGUACUGCAUGUAGACUCCAUAUGCUGACUGGGUGUGCAGAAUGUUAGGGUGUGGAGAAUGGGAAAUUUUAGAAUUGCAUAAUACUGUAACAGUAUAAGCAACGUAUAUACACAAAGUAACACAGUUAAUUGUAACUAUAGCUGAAAGCAUAGACCAGUUGAACACAGCACAAGAUAUGGAUCUCAACUUUUCACUUUCCUUUGCGGUUCUACUGGUUCUACUUUUCUCUGUAACUUCUGCUCAACAUAAUAGUAGGAGUGGAUCAAGUACUCCUAAUGAUGGCAAGAGUCCAUCAAGUACUCCUGAUAAUAGCGAGAGUCCAUCAAGUAUUCCUGAUAAUAGUCCCCUACUCUACACUGUCCAACCAGUGAGCCAGUAUUCUUGUAACCCGUACAUUGUUGGACCUAAACAACUAAUCUGUGCUCUCUACCAGCAAGGGGGUCUAUCCAAUCACACUAUUCGUUGGUUUAGAAGGUCUAACAACUCCGGUAAUAUUGAAAUGCCAAUAAAUGAAACCAUCUCAAGCAACGAAGAUUAUUUAAUCUCAACACUUUCACUAAAAGAUUUAAUAGGAGCAGAAGGUCCGAGUGAUUAUUGGUGUCAGGUCGGAGUCUACGGAGAGGCUAAUUCGACCUAUGAAUCCAGUGCAGUGUUUAAAGUGCUACCCCCUGAUGCGUAUGCUGAUUACCCCCCCUGUACAGGGCUGUCCUUGUCUCAGCAGGUAUCAAUGUUUGCUGGCAAUGGAUCUAUUCUUAUGCCUGUGGGCAACAUCGAGACACCUACCAUUGUGGGCCCCUCCCCCUUGAGUGAGCAGGUGAUAGCGGGCGUAGCCAUCUCCUCAUUCUUUGUUGCCCUUCUCUCCUUGCUCAUCUGUAUAUCCUGCUGCGUUCUGAGAUCAAAGAGAAAGCCAUCAACUGAAAUUGACCUUAUUCACGAUAUAAACGAACCUUU